GUCCUAAACCCUACUUCUGGAAAGAGUAGUGGAACUGCUGCUGCGCACGCAAACAGGAUAUAAAUCACAACAUUCACGAGGGCGUUUGUUCAGGUAUAUUUUAUUUGAAACGCAAAUAUGACCAGCUAAUGCAGCGGUUGCGAGAUGAGACAUCGUCUGCAUAUUAGCUUGACUUGGUAAUUACAACUAUUCAGACAGAGGUAAAGUUAUCAUGUUGUCUGUUUCUAGGUUGAACUGAAGGGAGUGGAGAAGCAGUCCAAGCUACAGCAUCCACUCAAAUGCUACAUUGUCUAGAAUGAGCCCGCCUCCCUGGUCGUAGUCUUCCUGGACUGGCAGUAUUCAUUAUCCAGACUGUGGAUGGUGUUCACCUUACAACCGCCUGAUGAGUACUGAGGCAGUCUUCAUCCUCUUCAUCGGUCUUGGUUGUCAGAAGUGACACACCGACGAUGGAUUCCUACAGUUGCCAAGACGGACUGCCCAGGAAAGAGCAGCCUUUGGAACUCCUGAAGCCAUCUGGCCUCAACUACAUCCAAUCUGUUGACGUGAGCGCGGCACUGCCCAUGCAGGUGCCCCCGUCAGGCCUCCCCAUGGAACUGCGCCUGGACCAGCCGUUUGGCCUGGCUCUGCGACCGGACGACCCAGGUCAGCGAGGACAGGUCCCAGGUCAGCGGGAGCAGCAGCUGCAGCAGGAGCUCCUGGCGCUGAAGCACAAGCAGCAGGUCCAGAGACAGGUGCUCAUCGCCGAGUUCCAGCGGCAGCACGAGCAGCUCUCCCGUCAGCAUGAGGCCCAGCUCCAGGAGCACGUUAAGCACCAGCAGGACCUCCUGGCCUUGAAGCAUCAGCAGGAGCUGUUGGAGCACCAGAGGAAGAUGGAGAGACACCGUCAUGAGCAGGAGAUGGAGAAACAGCAGAGGGAGCAGAAACUUCUGCUGCUCAAAAACAAGGAGCGUGGCCAGGAGAGUGCGGUGGCCAGUACGGAGGUCAAGAUGCGGCUGCAGGAGUUUGUCCUGAACAAGAAGAAGGCCCUGGCCCAACGCAGCCUCAACCACUGCAUGAGCACAGACCCACGCUACUGGUAUGGGAAGACCCAGCACAGCUCCCUGGAUCAGAGCUCCCCUCCCCAGACAGGAAUGUCCACUUACAACCACACCAUCCUGGGAAUGUACGACCCAAAAGAUGACUUCCCUCUCCGAAAGACCGCCUCUGAGCCUAACUUGAAGCUCCGGUCCAGGCUAAAACAGAAGGUGACAGAGCGCAGAAGUAGCCCGCUGCUACGCAGGAAGGAGGGUCCCAUCACCACGGCUAAGAAGCGCUCCCUGGACAUGGCUGAAUCGGCCUGCAACAGCGCUCCUGGCUCGGGUCCCAGUUCGCCUAACAACAGCUCCAGUAACAUCACCAACGAGAAUGGCGUUGUCGGCGCCACGUCCAGUAGUUCAGUAGAGGGCUCCGUGGUCCACAGGCUGGCUGGCCGAGAGGGCCCCCUGAGCCAGCUGUCUCUGUACACAUCGCCCUCCCUGCCUAACAUCACCCUGGGUCUGCCAGCCAGCGGCCCGGCCAGCGUUACGUCGGGCCAGCAGGAUGGUGACAGGCUUUCAAUGCAUGAAAGGCUUCAGAAGGGCAUCCCCAUAACCACUCCAUUCAUCCCGGGGGCCCACUUGCCCUCAUACCUGACCAACGGGGGCUCGGCUCACAAUCCCCUCCUUCAGCACAUGGCCCUCCUGGAGCAGUCCCAGAACCAGCUAGGUCUGUCCUGCUGCCUAGGUGGGAUGGCCCUGCAGUCCCCCUCCAUCCACAAGCUGCGCGGGCAGCACCGUCCCCUGGGUCGGACCCAGUCGGCCCCCCUGCCCCAGAACGCUCAGGCCCUGCAGCAGCUGGUGGUCCAGCAACAACACCAGCAGUUCCUGGAGAAACACAAGCAGCAGUUCCAGCAGCAACAGCUGCACAUAAACAAGAUGAUGGCCAAGCCCAGCGAGCCAGGACCGGGGCCGGGUCGGCAGCACGAGAGCCACCCGGAGGAGACGGAGGAAGAACUAAGGGAGCACCAAGCCCUGUGUCCCCAGGACGGAGGCCUCCUCCGGGGGGUGACGAUCAAACAGGAACCCCCGGAGCCCCAGGAAGAGGAGAGGGACCACAGGGAGAGGAUGGUCGACCAGGAGCUGCUCUUCAGACAGCAGGCUGUUCUGUUGGAACAGCAGAGGAUCCACCAGCUGAGGAACUACCAGGCUUCCAUGGAGGCAGCCGGCCUGUCAAUCACCUUCCCAGUGCACCGCCCCCUCUCCAGGGCUCAAUCUUCUCCUGCGUCCUCUUGCUUCCCGCCCAUCGUGGUUCAGCAGGAGACGCCCACCAAGCCUCGCUUCACCACAGGUCUGGUCUAUGACACGUUGAUGCAGAAGCACCAGUGCAUGUGCGGCAACACCAACACACACCCGGAACACGCCGGACGCAUCCAGAGCAUAUGGUCCAGGCUGCAGGAGACCGGGCUGAGGACCAAGUGUGAGUGUAUCCGAGGGCGGAAGGCCACUCUGGAGGAAUUACAGACGGUCCACUCGGAGGCCCACGUCCUUCUGUACGGAACCAACCCACUUCGACAGAAACUGGAUAGUUCAGUGACUCCCAUGUUUGUGAGGCUGCCUUGUGGAGGAGUGGGGGUGGACAGCGAUACCAUUUGGAAUGAAGUCCACUCAUCCAGCGCUGCUCGUCUGGCCGUGGGCUCCGUCUUGGAGCUGGUCUUCAAAGUGACAUCUGGAGAGCUCAAGAAUGGCUUUGCUGUAGUCCGGCCCCCUGGACACCAUGCGGAGGAGAGCACACCUAUGGGAUUCUGUUACUUCAAUUCGGUGGCUAUUGCAGCUAAACUCCUGCAGCAGAGGCUGAAUGUCAGUAAGAUUCUGAUUGUGGAUUGGGAUGUUCACCAUGGCAACGGCACGCAACAGGCGUUCUACAGCGACCCCAACGUUCUCUACCUGUCGCUCCAUCGCUAUGAUGACGGCAACUUCUUUCCAGGCAGUGGAGCGCCUGAUGAGGUGGGCGCUGGAGCAGGAUUGGGCUUCAAUGUGAACAUGGCUUUCACCGGGGGAUUGGACCCACCCAUGGGAGAUGCUGAGUACCUGGCUGCCUUCAGGACUGUGGUGAUGCCCAUAGCCAACCAGUUUGCUCCUGAUGUGGUGCUGGUGUCUUCUGGCUUUGAUGCCGUGGAGGGCCAUGCGUCACCACUGGGCGGGUACCGGCUGACCGCUAAAUGUUUUGGAUACCUGACCAGGCAGCUGAUGGGGCUAGCCGGGGGCCGCCUGGUACUGGCCCUGGAGGGGGGCCAUGACCUCACCGCCAUCUGUGACGCCUCCGAGGCCUGUGUCUCCGCUCUGCUAGGAAUCGAGUUGGACCCUAUUCCUGGGGAGGUGAUGCAACAAAGGCCCAACUCCAACGCCGUCCGCUCCCUAGAGAAGGUGCUGGAGGCACACGGUGAAUACUGGCCCUGUCUGCAGCGAGGCGCCUCCACGCUGGGUUACUCUCUGAGCGAGGCUUGUCGGUGUGAGACAGAGGAGGCAGAGACUGUCACCGCCAUGGCCUCCCUCUCUGUGGCCAACAAGCAGAGGAGGAGCGAGGAGGAGCCAAUGGAGGAGGAGGCGCCAAUGUAAUUGGCUGACCAGGGCUCCUUCACCGUUCAGGGACCCUUCAGAUCUCCAAUUUAGUCCUCAGCCAACCACCAACCUCUGUUUCAAUUGGACCCCAUCCCUUUGCAAUGCCCACACCCCGUCCGGAAGCUGAAUCAGUCACAUGGGACGGGGACAUCGCCGAGGGGGGAUGGGGGAUGAAGUAGACCAUGGAUGACGACACUCUCACUCGCCCAGAGUGUAUGGACUUAAAUGAGGAGCAAAUCACAAGGAGCCUCAAGUUGUCUGGCAUAUUCAGGUUGCCAUGUCAGGUUUUUACUCCAAGUGGUAUCUACGGUGACCUUGAGUCAUUCCACGCUGGCAACCUUGAGCGUUUCCAAACAGACACGCAUUCUGUGUUUUAAGCUUCAGACACAACAUUUCUCAUCGAAGCCGUUGGCUUUCGUGUUUCUUUCUCAUUUAUUCCUUGUUCAUGUACCUUUCACUGACAGAACAGCAACAGAGUGACAUGUAAUUACAACUCUGUUAACAAGCAUUUCCUCAUUGCCAUUCACGAAGGAGAUUGACAACUGGGAGACAUCACGGGUUUGCUGAAAUGUUCAACAUAAUUAUUCAAAUGGUGAAAGCAGAGUUUUUUUCUGGCUGAGGAGGUAAGGUAUUAAGCGAGGUAAAGAGACGAAGAAUGCAAAGGACCUGAGACCAGGUGUUCUGGUUCAAAACAACAGACACUUAAAAAGAUAGCGAGUUUGUGCCUUUUUUCCAGCCCAGUGGAUAUCACGAUGGACUCAAGACGAAGUGCUUUGCCUUAAAAUGAGUUUUGAGGGGAGAGAGGUGCCCCCAUCUUGCGCCUCAUCUGCUUUUUGUUGUGGUGUGACUGGCAAUGCCUGCACAAUGGCACAUAGACAAGGAGGCCCUUGGCAUGUUUACCAUGAACUGUCUGUAGCUUACUGUCCUAACCUGGUUCCUUUGGAACAUGUCAUUAACCCCUUUACUGUCCUUUAGAAGGUAGUUGCCAUGCUACACAGGGACUAACAUGGCUGGAAUCUUUUCAUUUCCCAGUGGGGCAAACCCCAAAAGUGGUUUUAAAAAUCAGCCAUCAAUGUAGCUGUCCUCUGGUAUGUAAACCCUUUACCAAAUAUGCGUCAGCUUUUCAACUGAGUUAGCUAGCAUGCACUGUCAUCUAUACUGAAGACACCUUUCAUCUUAAACUAGAAUGCUGUUCGAAGGUAGAAGUAGUAAGACAAGAAAUGAAGCCAAAGCAUGACCUUCCUGUCCGCUCAAUACCUAGGAACUGCGUGGUAUUGUUAGCAUUUUGCCACCUUGAAUUUUAGAAUGUUCUCUGCCUGGGAAUCAGAACGUUCAACCCAUUUGUAUCUUGCACAGCGUACAUUUCGAAGUGUUCGAAUGUCACAAUGUUCAGACACUCUUUCCAUCAGUUACAGGGCAGAGGCCACAAUUUAGCCAGUAAUUUGGUUCAGUUCGCCAACAGCCCAAAUUGUAUCUCAUUAAUCGCUGGGUUAACAUGGUGAGAGAGUGGCGGCCCACCCUAGUCUCUGACAUCAGGUCUACGCUCCUUAAUAGGCACAGCUGCUCCACAAGUGUCAGGUGCUACAAAGCAGGUGUGUGUGUGUGUAUGUUUGUGUGUGUGUGUUUGUGUGUGUGUGUUUGUGCGUGUAUGGACGAGCCGGUGUGACUCAUGUCACAAUCCACACUUCAUCCACUCCAACACUGUAGUGUUUCAGUUGCAGGGAAUUGUAGCCCUGUUUGCAAGACUCGUGAAAUAACUGUGCUGUAUACUCAAAAUGCAUAUGCGCGCAUGCUGUCCAAAUGAUCUUCAACGACAUACAUUUUACUUUGUUUUCUAACAUCCAUAGCUCAGAAAAUGGAGAAUUAAUGAUCCUGUGAUCCGGACAGGCUGUUUUAAAACCACCCAACUCAUGUUUAGUCUCUGAGCAACUACCUUCUGCAAUGUCACACUCACUUGUUUUUCACUGUCAGUUGAGAAGGACGAACGGAGAAGGUUGUCGUUUCCCCAUCCACCUUUCUUUGGGAUGUGCCCACUGUGGUUGUUUUGAUGACUACUCCAUACCUUGUUAUUUGAAGUGGACUCCAGCUCUUAUUGUUUUGUACUUAUGAUUUGAUUUCUUUGUUUGUUUGUUUUUUAUUCUUUUGAGUCCUUUGUCUGUGUCAAGCUUUGUACAGGUGACUUGUGAGUGAAGUUCCUUUUCAUGGGGAAAGGUUCUGGGGUUGCUAACGGAGGGGAGGGAUGCUAAUAUUUCUACUUUGUAUAAUGAUUCCAACAGUUGUGUAUUUACUAUACUGUCUGUUCAUAUCAGAUUUAUAUAUGACUACAAAAUCAAUAAGUUUAUUAUAUAUUCUAAGAUAUUGCAAUCUUGUUUUAGAGAAGAAAAAACAUUGUAUUGCAAGGUGAUAUGCUCGUUUAUCAUUUGCUGGUUUGUCCUUGGCUGGUGUUGCUGAAGGGCACUGUUCAUUAUUCCUGUCUGCCAUUGGUUGAAGGCUCAGUUCAGUUGCAUCCUGUUUACUGUAGAUUCUUCUUCAGUGCACUCCACUGACCCAGGAUCUAGUCUAACUUCCUGACACUUCACAGAGAAUGUUCCAGAACUAGGUCUUAGGUGAGAAAAAAGAUGCUCCGUUUGGAAUGGAAACUCAGAAAUGUCCUUCACCAAUAAAACACGGUGAUAACCACUUCAUGGAGGCAUGGGUUUACUGUUCAAAGACCACUGGUAUUGCAUACUUUUACCUUGGUAAAAUGUUCUGACCAAAAACCAAACACUAGCUGAAAGACUUUCAGAGUCGAUAUGGGCUGUGUAAUAUACUUGGGUUGACUUUGGAAUAACAUGAUAAUUACUCAAGGGUUUCCCUAUAAUGACUAAUGGAUAUAAGCCUAGAGGUCAUAGUUGACUCAUUAAUUCCCCCAUCACCCUUUAACCUCACCCAUCCUGCCCCUCUACUCUCUGACAGCUGUAGCAGAUGAAUACUGAGGUCAAGGGUCAUCUCAGUAGACCCAGUCCUUGCCAAUGGAGCAGACUAUAAGUUAAACUGCCCAGUGUUUUCAGAGUUCUAUAAAAUAUUACCAAUAAUUGCCUACAAUAUGACUGAAAUAAUUUUCACUUUUAUCAACUAUUUUAUAAAAACAGCUUUUCCUGAAAUUAAUACUGUAGGCAUGCCCCAGCAAUUGAAUGGUGAGGGCACCAGAUACCAGUCAUAAAAAAAUAUGAACGUGAGUAGAACUGAUUGGGCAGCUCAUCCUUCACUAGGAGUCUGAUUGGCCAGCUACUCCUCCUUAGAAGGAUUACAUGGUUUGUUUGAGUGGUCUUUCCUCCAAUUUACACUUGAGUCACAGAUAGAAAUAAAGAUUGAGUUAACAUUAUUUGGAUAAUUGAGAUAUAAUUAACUUUUUAACUUUAUUGCUAGAGAGUUACUUCAACAGUAUGCAUCCCAUUGGUGGUUGUUGUUAUUGUAUUAGUGUAUUAUAGCAACUUGUCAUGCACAUUUUCUCAGGAUGUCUAUCAGAACCAGCCUCAGCAAUGGCAGUCACAGUUUAAUCACUUGUAUUCAAACAAUCUUUCUGAAAGGGCCUUUACACUGUUUGGUUAUCAUGGUGUCCAGGUAGUAAUUUAAACAUUCUCUCAACCAGACUCAACAAAAGACAUUCCACUCGCUUUGUUUUUAUACUGUUUUAUCAUGGGGCAUUUAUUCUGCUUAUUUUUCCCUCCCCCCCCAAAGCCGGGCCUGCGGAUUGUCUGAGGUUUAUUUGAAGGGCCUGGCUGUUGGAUUCCACACCAUUCCUCUCCUUCCACCUCUUCAGCUUUCUCUGCAUGGUCUGUGUGUGGGCAUGCCUGUCUCUGUCCCUGUAUCAUAUCUGCACAAGGAAACAGCACUGAAUGGACCCAAGUACAUUUUUAGUACGGCAUUGGGAUUCUGGAGCAAGAGCAUGGCACCGGAAACUCUUUCUUUUGCUCCUUUUUUUUUUUUUUU